GGCCGCCGCCGGCCGGGAUCGCGCCCGCCCGCUGCGCCGAGGCUCGGCGAGGCCGCGGCUCUGAGGCUGCGGCGGGGAGCGAGAGCGGCGAGGGAAGGGAGCGAGCCCCGCGGCCGGAGCCCGGCCCGCCCCGGGGGCCGCUCGGACUCGGACUGCGCCCUCCUGCUCGGCCCCGAGCGGAGGCGGCCGUGGGGAUGCCAGGGGGGCUGCCGAGCGGGAGAGGACGAGCACUGCCAGAGAAGACUUUUCCUCGGAGCUGGUGCUGCUAAGUCUCAGAUCCCGACUGUGAACAGGUCACCCUAAAGAAUGGCCGAGCCUUCUGGGAACGAGCUGGCGUCCGCGGCUGCCAAGGGGGACCUAGUGCAACUUACUAAUUUGUUGCAAAAGAAUGUAAACGUCAAUGCACAAAAUGGAUUUGGGAGGACUGCGCUGCAGGUAAUGAAACUCGGCAAUCCCGAAAUUGCCCGGCGGUUGCUCAUGAGCGGUGCGAACCCCGAUCUGAAAGACAGUACUGGCUUCGCUGUAAUUCACGACGUAGCCAGAGCGGGUUUUCUGGACACUUUGCAGACUCUGCUGGAGUUUAAAGCCGACGUUAACAUCGAGGAUGCCGAGGGCAACCUGCCCCUGCACCUGGCCGCGCAGGAGGGCCACGUGCCGGUGGUGGAGUUCCUGCUGAAGAGCACGGCCAGCAAGGUGGGCCACCAGAACAAGCGGGGCGACACCGCCUACGACGUGGCCAAGCUGUACAAGCGCAGCGCCGUGCUCCGGCUGCUGGAGGGCGGCCGCCCCCCCGCCGCCACCGAGUGAGGGGGGCCCGCCGGACGCUGAGCCCGCCGGCCUCCUUCCUCCUUCUUCCCCCCCGCCUUUUAAUAACGUCGGGUCCCACCUGCCUUCUAGUUUGGCUUUUUUUUUUUUUUUUUUUUUUUGGAUAGCGCAAAGCCGGAGAAAUUGCCGAGGUGGGUUUUUCUUUUUUCUUUAUUUCUUUUUUUUUUUUUUAGAGGAUGCAAAUGGUCGAAAUCCGCCCCGCCGGCAAUUUCUGCCACCUCCCCGUGUAUAUGUCGGUCACUCCUAUCUAUGUAGCUUCCCACUAGCGGCUUCUCCCAAUUUACCUUAGCUCAUUAUUAAUCCAAAAGCCACCUAGUCACCUGCUUCUCGGCGUGCUAAGGGAGCCAAGGGGCACCGGGCCCUCUUGCACCCCUCCGGGCUCCGCAGCCCCGGGGGGAGCGGGGAGCCGAGAUUUGGGGAUCACACCUCCGAGCGGGCCGGGGGUGUCGCUUGGCAGCUGGGGGGGCUGCCAGCAGCUCGCCCUUACCAGGAGCUUGUAGGGCUUGUAGGGCGCUGACGUCCCCAACGUAGAUGCCACUUCUCCCCUCUGUGUAUUUAAACUCGCACCGAGUUGCUUUUCAGUUUAGUUACCAGAAACAACCUGAGCGGCGUUUUUUAUUGCCAGAGGUUUCAAAGAGUUCAGCUUAGCGCUUCGUGUUCACUGUGCACUGGAGAAUACAGUUUUUCUAGCUUCAAACCAGCAGAUAACCAUUGUCAGAGCAAAGAGUAUCAGCAGGCUGUAAUGCGACGAGUUUUCCGGUCACUUAAUAAGCUGAGCGCAGUCUAGAUGCUCUUAAGAAACGAUUGCUUUCCACCAGCUAUUUUGUUUUGUCUGGGAAAAAAAUAAAUAACAAUGGUAGAUGCCUCUCACAAAACAUGAAUAUUUGAAUACGGUGAAAUUGAGGAAGCAACACGUUUGGUCUUUGUAGAGUUAUAUUAUCCCUUGUACCUAAAAAACAAUUUAACCCUUGAAAAUGUUCCCUUACAAUGUAGUUGAGUGUAUUCACAAGACCAAACCUCAUUUCCCUCUCCGGCUGCAAGGGGAGCUGAGGAUGCUCCGCGCCUCGUCGGGAGAGUGUAGCAGGAAACUUAACGAUGGAAUGGAGGUGCUCGACAGACAGGCAGCUGAAAGCGCUUUAUUUUGGAUAAUCUAAUUUUUAAUGGCACAGAAUAGUUUUUACAUCAACGUAAAAUUAAUAGAUAGCUACAAAACAGCACUUAAAAGAGGAGGGAGCGUACAUUAGUUUGCGUUUUCUCUCUUUAAAAAAAAAUAUUUUAGCCCCACGGAAUCUAUCACUUGUUUUUAAGUAAAAAAAAAAUAUUUUCCUGAAAGUGUCCGCGCCGUUACCAUACUCUGUGUCACGCUGCUGUGUUUUCUGAUUAAAAACCUCUGCGAAACGUAAA